AUGGAUGGCUGCUUUCUCAAAGGCAAGUAUGGUGGUGAGUUAUUAAUUGCAAUUGGAAGAGAUGGGAAUGAGCAGAUUCUACCUCUAGCAUAUGCUGUUGUAGAAGUGGAAAACAAGGAUUCGUGGAAGUGGUUCUUGGAGCUUUUGAUUAAUGAUCUUGGUGGAGAUUCAAUUUGUGCAUCAUGCACUUUUAUAUCAGACCAACAAAAGGCUGCUUCAGUGACACAUCCACAGGCUUCGGAGAAGAUAAUGAGGGACAUCAAAGAGGUCAAUGAAGACGCCUUUAAACACUUGAUUGGUAUUCCUCCAAGAUGGUCAGCUGAGAAGUUGUUUGAAGUGAGGCAUGCUUUAAAUCUAGGGGAACAAUUUGUGAUGAAUAUUGACAAGAUGGAGUACACAUGCAGGAAAUGGAGCAUAAGUGGACUUCCUUGUUGCCACGCACUUUCUGCCAUGAAAUUUUUGAAUCUGAAAGGAGAGGAUUUCAUAGCCCAUUGGUUCAGGAAGUCAACCUCUAAGGAGACGUAUAAUUCAGUAAUUUUCCCUAUUAAUGGUCAAGAGGUGUGGGAGGUUACUGCAUAUCCUGAUGUCCUGCCACCAACCAAAAGAAUUAUGACUGGAAGGCCUAAAAAGAAAAGAAGAUUGGAACCUUGGGAGCUGAAAAGGGAUGACACCACAUUACAAAAAGGAGGAAUUCGCAAAAGGUGUGCUGUGUGCAGGGAAAUUGGUCACAACAGAACUGCUUGUCCUAAAAAACUUGGGCCACCACCAAGUCAAUCAACUGUGCCAGUAACAGCAUCAGGCCCAUCACAGCAACAACACCCAGCACAAGAAACUGGACUAUCACAACAACAGCACCCAACACAACAAAUUGACCCAUCACAACAACAACACCUAACAUAG